CUCCGUGUCGCUCACGGUCACACACUCUUCAAGAAGGUAAAGAGUACAGAGGACGAAAGCCACCCAAGAAUGGCCCUCUCUUUGAAGCCUCACACCCGUCACCUUCCCUACUCCUCCUGCGCCAAGACUGCGCACCCCUCGAGCUCGAACGCCGGCAAUGCCGCCUUCCCUCCAAUCCCCUCGUCUCUCUCUGUCCUGUCUUCCGCCGCGACCCGGCUCGUCGCCGCCAAGUCUGCUUUGACCAGGGCGUCGCGGAUUCCUUUCGUGGUCCGAGCGUCGUCCUCUUCUUCUGCCGCCGCCAUUGCUGAGCCCGAAGGCAUCAAGAUUAAUUCAGUUCCCACGAAGCCGAUCGAGGGCCAAAAGACCGGAACCAGUGGUCUUCGGAAGAAGGUUAAAGUUUUUAUGCAAGAAAAUUACCUUGCCAAUUGGAUCCAGGCACUAUUCGAUUCAUUGCCACCUGAAGAUUACAAGAAUGCGGUAUUAGUAUUAGGCGGUGAUGGCCGAUAUUUCAACCGGGAAGCUGCACAGAUAAUAAUAAAAAUUGCAGCUGGAAAUGGUGUGGGCAAAAUUUUGGUUGGCCAGGACGGCAUUAUGUCAACGCCUGCUGUUUCUGCUGUAAUACGAAAGAGGAAGGCCAACGGUGGAUUUAUAAUGAGUGCCAGUCAUAAUCCAGGCGGGCCUGAAUGUGACUGGGGCAUCAAGUUUAAUUACAACAGUGGACAACCUGCACCUGAGUCGAUUACGGACAAGAUAUACGGAAACACACUUUCUAUAUCUGAAAUUAAAAUGGCAGACAUUCCGGAUGUAGACCUUUCUCGGCUUGGAACUAUGAAAUUUGGAAAUUUUAGUGUGGAAGUGGUUGAUCCAGUUUCUGAUUAUCUUGAGCUUAUGGAGAACGUAUUUGACUUUCAACUGAUAAAAACUCUUCUGUCACGCCCAGAUUUCCGGUUUAUAUUUGAUGCUAUGCAUGCAGUUACGGGUGCUUAUGCAAAGCCCAUCUUUGUGGACAAGCUAGGCGCUAGCCUGGAUUCAAUUUUAAAUGGAGUUCCUUUAGAAGAUUUUGGCCAUGGUCAUCCUGACCCUAAUCUCACAUAUGCUGAAGAUUUGGUGGAUAUUAUGUACGGUGAGAAUGCACCUGAUUUUGGAGCUGCAAGUGAUGGAGAUGGGGACAGGAAUAUGAUUCUUGGUCAAGGUUUUUUCGUUACUCCUUCAGACUCCGUGGCAAUUAUUGCUGCCUAUGCUCAACAGUCAAUUCCAUACUUUCGGAGUGGUCCUAAGGGACUUGCUCGAUCAAUGCCUACAAGCGGUGCGCUUGAUCGGGUUGCACAAAAGUUGAAUCUUCCUUUUUUUGAGGUUCCGACAGGUUGGAAAUUCUUUGGAAAUCUAAUGGACGCAGGGAAGUUGUCUAUUUGUGGAGAAGAGAGUUUUGGAACAGGUUCAGAUCAUAUACGUGAGAAGGAUGGUAUAUGGGCUGUAUUGGCUUGGCUUUCUAUACUCGCAUACUGGAACAAAGACAAAAAACCAGGGGAGCAGUUGGUUUCUGUCUCUGAUAUAGCAAAGGAACAUUGGGCUACUUACGGAAGAAAUUUCUUUUCUAGAUAUGACUAUGAGGAGUGUGAAUCUGAAGGAGCCAACAAAAUGGUACAAUACCUUAGGGAUUUAAUCUCUAAAAGUAAAAAGGGUGAAAAGUAUGGUGAUUACGUCCUUCAGUUUGCAGAUGACUUCACCUACACUGAUCCAGUGGAUGGCAGUGUUGUAUCUAAGCAAGGUGUACGUUUUGUCUUCAUGGAUGGAUCAAGGAUCAUAUAUCGUUUAUCAGGAACUGGGUCAGCAGGUGCAACAGUUAGGAUUUACAUAGAGCAGUUCGAGUCGGAUGCCUCAAAACAUGAUGUGGAUGCCCAGAUUGCAUUGAAACCACUAAUUGAUCUGGCCUUAUCCAUAUCGAAGCUUAAGGAGUUUACCGGAAGGGAAAAGCCUACAGUCAUCACAUAAGCUAGACGCUUGCGCUAAUUUCCACCUCAAGUCAUCUCAAACAUGAGCGGGCAAUCACUCAUUUUUGGAGCGACGUCUGAAGCAUGCUCUGUCUCUGCCAUUUGGAGUUCAUAGAAGUGGUCCGGCCGAAAAUGAACAGGGAGUAAUCCAUGUAAAAUAUAUGUAUGAAGAAGAGAAUUUUCCUUCGCAAACCUGUAAUACCUUUUUUCAUUAUAUUCCAUUAUAGAAAGCAGAAAAUGAAUUUCGUCUUUGAAACCAAAGGCAAGGUUGGAGAAAAACAUCUAUGAGACGGUGAGCUGUAUGUGUAUGUAUAUUUUUAUCUUUCCAUUUUGUUCUGUUUUAA